CUUAAAUUGCGUGUUCACCAGUGUUCAGAAGUAAAAUCUGAACCAAUUUAUUCUCACCACUAACACGGGACUGAAUGCUUUUCAGUAUCGAAAUCAGUUCUCACUUUUGGUCUUGACAAUUUUUGAACAUUUUGGACCCCUUAGACGCCAGUCUGAAGAUGACAUCAACUGGGUGUACAACGGACACAGUAGAGGAACUGCCCUCGUCUCAGUUGGGAACCAAGGAACAUUGGGACGACACGUACGAAGGAGAGUUGCGGGAGUUCGAGGAGCGUGGGGACAUCGGUGAGGUUUGGUUUGGUGAGGAGAGCGAGGAACGUGUGAUCACUUGGCUCGUUGAGGAUUGGGAGCCCAGUGCUGACCUGUAUUCCCCAGCUCUUCCCCAGCAGGAGAAGACCUCCCUGCCCGUGCUGGACCUGGGCACUGGCAACGGUCACUUUCUCCUAGAACUGGCAGAGCUUGGCUUCUCCGACCUGACGGGGGUGGACUACAGUGAGCAGGCCGUCGCACUCGCGAGGGCGGCCGCCCUUAAGGCGACCAAGAAAAUAACUUAUGAGCGCGCAGAUCUUGCGUGCGGCGCGGGCCCGGCGGUGGCGGCGCUGGGGCGGCAGUUCGCGGUGUGCCACGACAAAGGCACCUAUGAUGCCGUCAGCCUCACGCCCGACACCGCGUGUCUGGCGCGCCGUGCAUACCUAGGCAACGUGCACAGAUUAUUGGCUGACGGUGGCGUGUUUGUGAUCACGUCCUGCAACUGGACUGAAGACGAACUCCUGCAGCACUGCGAUCCUUACUUCGUGAAGCUGCACCGCAUCCCCACGCCGAGCUUCAGGUUCGGCGGCAAGACAGGCUCGCUGGUCACCUCCUUGGUCCUCAAGAAGAAGCCCCAACCUCAACUCUGAUCUUAUUAAUUAUGUUAUUGCUUGUGUUA